AUGGCCCGUGAGAAACAAAGACAAUUUCGUGAGCGCGAGUUGGAGAAGAAACGUUUUCAAUCGUCACAGGAGUCCCCCGAUAUGUUUGAGGAUAUACAAUUGCCACUGGAUAUUAUCCCGAUGACUCCAGAAACUCCAGCAAUAAGUAAUUUACUACUGGAAUAUGAGGGGGAUGCUGCUCAGGAUGGCUCAUGGAAUAAACCAUCUUUCACCUCUCAAGGCAGACGAAAGACUACACAGGAGCUCGAGGCUAUGUUAACGGAAGUUUCUGCAGAUCUUGAAAAAAAAAAGGCCAAGCCGAUGCUAUCUCAACGUCAGCAGCAAAUUGCAGACAUUGAUAGAGAGUUGGCAAAGAGCGCGAGCGAUGACGAAUUUGCCCAUCAAACCCUCGAUUUUGAUCCACUAGAGGAGAUCAAUGAGAGGGCGGAAGCGGCCCCAACACCCCCAGAGCCCGCUGGAUUCGUGCCCUGA